UGCUCCUAGGCUAGAUCCUGUCCCUGCAUGCCUAGCGCCUGGCCAGCACAUCUACGUCUACGAUUUGUCUCAGUCGGAAGGUUCGGUCGGCUCACGGAGCAUAGCGGAAGGUAGACAAUGUUCGGCGCGAGCAAACCUUGAUCGAUUUUCGGGGAUCGCUGAAGGUUAAUCGCUAGCAGCAAAGACAGCGACAUAACUGGAGAGGUCCUGCUCUAUGCCAGUGGCGCAUUGAGCGAUCGACAUAGCGAUGCCACCGCACGACAUUGGUCGCAAGUGCAUGAUCAUUUUACUCGAUGAUUCGAAGAUAGACACCUACCUCCACUUUUCGUUGACGGGAGCGGAGCUUGUGGAUCUGGUUGCCACCCAGUUUCAUCUGAAAGAGAAGGAGUACUUCGGCCUGUGCCUGGAUGGCUCAGAGAACGCUCCGCAGUGGCUGGAGUUGGAUCGUCCUGUGUUGGAGCAGGAUAUCCCAGCACAGGGUGUACUAUGGCUGCGCUUUCAGGUGAGAUACUACGUGGAGAGCGUAGCGUGGCUGAAAGACAGCGUGGCGGUGGAAAUGUUCUACCUGCAAUGCAAGCAGAACGUCUUCCGCGACCUGACCGUGUGUAGCAGCGAGACGGUAUUUCAGCUGGCCGCGUUUGUCAUGCAGGCGACAUAUGGCGAUUUCAACAUGCACCAGGUGGCCAAAGAGGACCUGAAGCGCCUUCCUGUCAUUCCUGCUAGCACUCUGAAGGAGCAUCCCGACACAAACUUCUGUGAGUCGGAGAUCAUUCACAUUUAUGAGUACCUGCAGUCCAAAUCUCGAGGGAUAGCCAUCCUGAGCUAUCUGAACACAGUGAUAAUGCAGCCAACGUUCGGCCUGCACUGCUAUGAAGUACGCGACAAGUCCGACCAGCCAUACCUGCUCGGUCUCAGCCCAAAAGGUCUCGGUGUGUACGAGCCGAGCAACCGCAGUGUUCUGUUGGAGCUGUUUGAGUGGAAGAAUCUGGAAAACAUCUAUCACCGCGACAAGAAGUUCUCUAUCGAGGUGUACCAGCAGGCAACGAGUCAAACAUCACAAGGUCAAGCCAAGCCGGGAUCAGCGGGCAAUGUUGGACCGUCACAACUUGCGCGAGGUGUUGUGCCGCGCAACCUAGUCGUUCACGUUUGGUUUUCAAGUAAUCCGCGACUGCUUCGCUCGCUGUUCAACACGGCCAAGGGCCAGCACCAGCUGUACCUGUCGAAACGUGCCACCAGAGCGGCGUCGCCCAGCCAGUGCCGCAGCCCGUCGCAGCUAGCCCAAGAGCUGAGCCUGUCGACCAUGUCCCUGGACUCAGCCAGCAACCUGACGGGCAGCACCAACAGUCUAGUGUCCACGGGCAGCAAGGGCACGGCAACGACGACAGCGGUGUCCGAGGAAAACCAAGCAGCGGCGCAGGCUGCGGCUCGCAUUGCGGAGCGAGAGAUGUACCUGGCUCUUAUUGCACGGCGCGACGCCCUGCGCCAGAAGCUCACACGGCACGAAGAAGAGCUACGCCAACUCGGUCGGGAAGAGGAGAGAUUGCGCAACCAGCGGUCUCGUAAGCCCGUGGAGAACAAUCCCAGGAUAGCAUCAGCUUCUUACAAAUUCUCCGAUAGCGUUGUAAAUACUAGUCAAAGUCCCAGUGUAAGAAAAAAUCAAAUUGAGGAAGCGCGAAAAGACCUCCAGAUUCAGCAGACCAUUGUCAAUGCGGCCACUAAGCUCUAUCAAGAGCGAGGCCUGAGUCGAAACGUCAGGAAAGAGCGCAAAGAGAGUAUGAAAAAGAACCUGGACAAGCUAAGAGAUGCCCAGGCUCGGCUAGACUUUCUUCUAAGUCAGCAGUCAGAAGCAUCCCUGUCACUGGACUCUGGUCUCAAUGAAUCACGGGAUCCCAGGGCUAGCUCUCCAGCCGUGCAUGGGCUGCCUACGUCCGCCCCAUCAACGGUCAACCAAUCCCCCACGCCCAGCUCCGAAGAUGGCCGACCGCGGGACCAUUUCAAUUCCCAGGCGGAUGAAGACUUUGUGGCAUCUUUGAUUGCCGGUGACCUGCAGCCACGCAGCGCACCAUCGAUGGCGAAAGCGAGUCAUCCAGCAGCACCCCCAGCUGCUGCUUCCAGUCCUAACAGCUCUGGUGUAGUUGCGGCAGCAGCGGCUGCAGCUCGUUCAACUGCCCAGGCGCGAGGACAUCAUGCCAGUGCUGCACCACCCGGUCCAUCUAACCUAACCCUAAGACAACAGCCAUCACCAGUAGGCCCAUCGCCCAGUAUCGUUCCGCUAGCUCGAGAGCGGCUCAAGUCGCUUGCGCAGAAGCGCCAGUCGUUUCUCAUGGAAGAUCCGGUGGCUCCGGUCAACGGCUAUCCUUCGCGACCCGACUCGUCUUCUUCGGAGGAUGAGAGUGGUCGCCCUCGGCGUGGACGGGAGGUCCUGUCCUGGCUUGAUGACCAGCAGCUGUUUGGACAAGGAACAUUAGUAUAGCAUGCAGUGCCGUUCCAUCUUUCAUGAUAGGUUUUUCUGUGAUCUGUGUAUGUGUGUGUGUGUGUUUGUGUGGGUGUGUAUGUGUGUGAAGUAUACACACAGACAGCCACUUGCUUCUCAGCAAGUUUGCUUGACCAUGUAGCAUUUUCAGUAGGAGCAGUACAGUACUAUAUACGGCGAUUUCAGCUUGUACGGAUUUGACCACCAUCUUGAGAUGUGCAACACCAGUGCAGUGCCAGUGUUGUAUGUGUGUUGGCGUGUAUUGUUUCGACUUUAGCUGUCUGACACUGAAUAGGCCUAGUCGCUGCUGCGCUGGUGGCUAAUCAGUUUGCCACAGCGGCUGAGUGAAUGGAAUUUCAAUGUGAGCCGUGCCAGUUUUAUGAUUUCAAUUUCUUAUGCCAGCGCAUCCAACGAUGGCACGUUGAGUGAGUUUUCUCCUUGUUCGUCCGUGCAUGAAUUUCUAUUUCGUCCGCAUCUGCUGUUUGUCAGAGCCAAGUUGAAACCCCUUUGUUUUCUGUAUUGCUAUGAUUGCACCAGCUCCGUAAUCUGGCUGGCCGGUAGGCUGGGCAUCACUGCUCGUUACUCUUAUUCGCGUGUAUUUGUCCAAUUACUGGUAUACACUGAGGCUUCUACUUUAUAUUAGAAUUUGGCUGCUUGAUGUUGCUCUUGACAGGCUGAUAUCAAUGUGGCCAGGACACCAUAAUUAUAACAAUGUCCACCUUUCCAUUAGGCAGAUUUCUGCCUUGUCAUCCUGACGAAUUUGUGGAAGGGCUGUAAAUCCCAA